CAUUUCUCCUCUGUGCUCACUGCCACACGCAGCUCAGCCUGGACGGCACAGCCAGAUGCGAGAUGCUUCUCCGCUGAUCUGAGUCUGCCUGCAGCAUGGACCUGGGUCUUCCCUGAAGCAUCUCCAGGGCUGGAGGGACGACUGCCAUGCACCGAGGGCUCAUCCAUGCACAGAGCAAGGCAGUGGGAGGAGACGCCGUGACCCCCAUCCUCACGGUCCUGAUCUGUCUUGGGCUGAGUCUGGGCCCCAGGACCCACGUGCAGGCAGGGACCUUCCCCAAGCCCACCCUCAGGGCUGAGCCAGACUCUGUGAUCACCCAGGGGAGUCCCGUGACCCUCAGGUGUCAGGCGAGCCUUGAAGCCCAGGAGUACCAUCUAUAUAGGGAGAAAAAAUCAGCAUCCUGGAUUAAACGGAUACAACCACAGCUUGUGAAGAAGGGCCAGUUCCCCAUCCCAUCCAUCACCUGGGAACACGCAGGGCGGUAUUGCUGUCAGUAUUACAGCCACCCUCGGUGGUCAGAGCCCAGUGACCCCCUGGAGCUGGUGGUGACAGGAGCCUACAACAAACCCACCCUCUCAGCUCUGCCCAGCCCUGUGGUGACCUCAGGAGGGAACGUGACCCUCCAGUGUGUCUCACAGCUGGCAUUUGGUGGCUUCACUCUGUGUAAGGAAGGAGAAGAUGAACACCCACAAUGCCUGAACUCCCAGUCCCAUACCCUUGGAUGGUCCUGGGCCAUCUUCUCCGUGGGCCCCGUGAGCCCGAGUCGCCGGUGGUCGUACAGGUGCUAUGGUUAUGACUCGAGCUCUCCCUAUGUGUGGUCUCUACCCAGUGAUCUCCUGGAGCUCCUGAUCCCAGGUGUUUCUAAGAAGCCAUCACUCUCAGUGCAGCCGGGCCCUGUCGUGGCCCCUGGGGAGACCCUGACCCUCCAGUGUGGUUCUGAUGUCGGCUAUGACAGAUUUGUUUUGUACAAGGAGGGGGAAUGUGACUUCCUCCAGCGCCCUGGCCCACAGCCCCAGGCUGGGCUCUCCCAGGCCAACUUCACCCUGGGCCCUGUGAGCCGCUCCCAUGGGGGCCAGUACAGAUGCUCCGGUGCACACAACCUCUCCUCCGAGUGGUCGGCCCCCAGUGACCCCCUGGACAUCCUGAUCGCAGGACAGAUCCCUGACAGACCCUCCCUCUCAGUGCAGCCAGGCCCCACAGUGGCCUCAGGAGAGAAGGUGACCCUGCUGUGUCAGUCACAGGGAGGGAUGCACACUUUCCUUUUGACCAAGGAGGGGGCAGCUGAUUCCCCACUGCGUCUAAAAUCAAAGCGCCAAUCUCAUAAGUACCAGGCUGAAUUCCCCGUGAGUCCUGUGACCUCGGCCCACGUGGGGACCUACAGGUGCUACAGCUCACUCAGCUCCAACCCCUACCUGCUGUCUCUCCCCAGUGAGCCCCUGGAACUCGUGGUCUCAGAAGCAGCUGAGACCGUCAGCCCAUCACAAAACAAGACAGACUCCACGACUACAUCCCUAGGCCAACACCACCAGGAUUACACAGUGGAGAAUCUCAUCCGCAUGGGUGUGGCUGGCUUGGUCCUGGUGGUCCUCGGGAUUCUGCUAUUUGAGGCUCAGCACAGCCAGAAGCCUCCAAGAUGCAGCCGGGAGGUGAACAGCAGAGAGGACAAUGCAUCCUUCAGCGUGGUGGAGCCCCAGGGACAGAUAUGAUGAUCCCAGGAGGCUCUGGAGGACAAUCUAGGACCUACAUUAUCUGGACUGUCUGCUGGUCAUUUCUAGAGACAGGAAUCAAUAUUUGAGUGCAGGGAAACUGUCUGGGGUGAUUCCUAGAAGAUCAUUAAACUGUGAUUUUUUUUUUUAUCUAUGAAUGUUGACUUUCCUUGACUGGAUCCCCUUUGUUUUCCCAUCCCCAGACAUGAGGCUCCAUCCCACAUGGCACCAUUGGGUCCACACCUCUGCACACCUGCGUGCUGUGGUCCACGGCAUGUGACACAGUCUCCCUUAUUCCUCAUUGUCACACUCCUUGAUGUCACUUACUGAGUCCCCAUCUCUUCAGUUCAGAGAUCCAAACCUGAACCACCAACUAAAUCAACGACAGGAGAUCAGAU